AUGGCGGCGUUAAGGAAGCGAGGUGCGGGUACUUCUUCGCCUUUUCAAGUCUUAAAGGAAGGCAUUGAUGAUUGUUCUUCAGUUGACGCAGAUUCAAAGAAGAGCACUUCCACAAGAUGGAUAUUCUUCUUUAUUUUAUUAUUUUAUGCAUGUUCUCUCUAUACCGGUUUUAAAGCAACGCGCGCGGUUCCCGCGCCCAAAAAAACAGCAGAGAGCGAUCGAAGCGAAUUUGUGGAGGAAACAGCUCGGAGACAUCUUGAAGCACUAACAUCGUUUGGUCCACGACCUGCUGGGAGCUACGCAAACGAAGUUCAAGCAGUGAAUUUCAUCGUUGGAGUUUUACAAGAAAUUAAAGAAACUGCAAGAGAAGAUGUGAUCAUUGAAAUUGACAUCCAAAAGCCUUCUGGAAGUUUCGAUCUAGGAUUCAUAGCCGGAUUUACAAGCGUUUACCGUGAAAUUACAAAUAUCUUGGUUAGAAUAACGAUGAAAAAAAAUUACCCUCCGAAAAAUACGGUUCUUGUCAACGGCCAUUUUGAUAGCGUUCCUGGGUCACCCGGGGCAAGCGAUGACGCUGUUAGUUGCGCUGUGAUGUUAGAAAUCUUGAGAUGCCUUGCCCAGACUCAGAACUUUGAUUUUGACCACGGUGUUGUGUUCAAUUUUAAUGGAGCAGAGGAGAAUGUAUUGCAGGCAAGCCACGGAUUUAUCACGCAACACAAAUGGGUUGAUACAAUCAGAGCUUUUGUGAAUCUAGAGGCAGCAGGAGCA